AUGGCUGCUUCUACUCAACUCCCCACCUACGCCGACCAGCAGGCCUGGAAGGACAUACAGAAGUUCCUACCGGCCCGUCUUCACUUUACGCCGGCGCACUCGCCCGUCGAGGAGUUUUGGUCGCACCGGGGUCACGAGAUCCACCUCGACCGGUGGCCGAACCCGUCAGCCAAGGUGCGCGUGGUGCUGCACCACGGCGUGGGGACCAACGGGCGGCAAAUGUCCAUGAUACUAGGCGUGCCGCUGCACGCGGCCGGCUACGAGCUCGUGGCGGUGGACAUGCCGGGCUACGGCUGCACGCGCGUGGCGGCGGCGGGCCGGCCGCACGCGUACGACGAGUGGGUGCAGAUUGCGAGCGACUUUGUCGACUACGAGCGCGCGCGCGGCGACACGCGGCCCAUUGUGCUCUACGGCCUCUCGGCCGGCGGCAUGCUCACGUACCACGCGGCGGCGCGCAACAGGCAGGUGGCGGGCAUCGUCGGCAUGACCUUCCUGGACCAGCGCAUCCAGCAGGUCGCCGACGAGACGGCGCUGCACCCCGUCGUGGCGCGCGCGGGCGUGCCGCUCGCCCGCCUCGCCAACGCCGCGGGGCUGUCCGCGCUGCGGCUGCCGAUGGCGUGGGUGAGCAAGAUGCGCGCGCUGGUGAAUGAGCCCGCGGCGCUCCGCGUCUUUCUCAAGGACGCGUCGUCGGCCGGGUCGGCGGCGUCGAUGCGCUUCCUCGCCACCUACUCGGGCUACGCGCCGGCGCUCGAGUACGAAGCGUUUGAUGUGUGUCCCAUCCUGCUGACCCAGCCGGCGGAGGAUCGGUGGACGCCGCUGCAUCUUAGCAAGCUGGUCCUGGGCAGGGUCGGCAAGGUGCCGGUCAAGAUUGUCGAGCUCGAGGGUGCAGGACACUACCCGCUGGAGGACAAGGGCCUGCAGCAGCUGUCAGAUGCUAUUUUGGAGUUUUUGCAGUCUGUGGCUCCGUAG